AUGGUCAGAGUACCAGCAAAUGUAGGAGCUCAGAACCCUCCUAUCUUGAAUAGCCCAGAUACAUUUAAAUCGACCAAGAAUAAUAUCCCUGCGCUGCCAGAUCUACCUUCGUCUUGUAUCUACGAUGAAUUCAACUCAACCACAGGUGAUAUUAUAGACUCGACAAAGAAACGUGACGAACUGCCAGGUAUUACGAGAGCCGAACUCAGCGCCAAGGCGAACGUUGUCGCGACGGAAAUAAGAGAAUUCUACGGGGCGUGUAGAGAACAAAUAGGAUCAUCCGAUGAAGUUCUUGCAGCAAUGGAUAAUGAUAUGGUGAGAGAAAAAUUAAAAUCAUUCGAUGAACUUCUUGCAGCAAUGGGUAAUGAUAUUGCGAGGUUGGGAAGGCAGACUGAGGAGGUAGAUAAGAUGGCAAGCCUUGUUAAAAUGAAUAUGGAGUUGGAAUUAAAGGUGCACAUGCAAUCUACAAAGCUAGAUAAGCUUGAAGAUUGGAGAGUGGAGAUGCGAAGGAUGGUGAGCAAGUGGGAUGCUGAGUAAUGAGCUGGUAUAACUUACUCCUGUUUGAUCUGCUAAUGCAUGGCAAUGAUGGUUUCUUGGUCGAUUGAAAUUGAAGUUGUUCCUUUGAUAAUGGUCUUUAGUGAUGCGCGACUAUUCCUAUGGC